AUGAUUUUGGGAAACUGUCCAUUCCCGUUGUAACUAUAGGUGGCACCACUGUUAUCAACACAGCAAAAGUGACUAGCUAACGAGAUGACGGUUGUUGUCAGAAUGAGAUGGUCUUGGGUACUCUGAUCCAGGGUUUUGUGGCCAAAGUGCAUGGCGGGUGCCGUCUUGUAGACUUUGGCUCGGGAUUCUCCAGCCAUGGGAUUCCAAUUUUUGAUGGAAGAGUUGGGAGUGGAGUGUCGCAGUGCGACCGUGGAGCUACCGGACCUGCUGAACAACCCGGUGGUGCGCCUGGUGGCGCAGAAGCACAAGCGGACAGCAGCGCAGGUCCUGCUGCGCUUCCUGGCCCAGCAGGACAUCAUUGCUAUUCCCAAGUCGACCAAGGCGGCGCGGAUCCAUGAGAACGGAGACAUCUUCAGCUUCCAGCUGGACGAGCUGGACGUGGCGGCGUUGAGCUCGCUGGACCAGGGCGGGUCGGACAGAACUUUCUGCAUGUUCAUGCUUCCUGGCGUCCGCGAUCAUCCGGAGGCUACCUUUUAAUUAUCGUUUCAGGGCAUUGAAAGGAGUGUUCCACGUUUGGGACAUAUUUCAGAAGCGUACUCCGGGUAAACCUCAGGACCAUUUGCGCGUAAUAAAAGCGUUAAGUAGUGUCACGGCAACGCCAAUGUUAUUGCAAACAAUGCUGUUAGCUAUUUUCGAUCCCAAAUUACGCUUCUAACGUGUUGUCACAUCACUACACUCCUCUGUUCCUUUUUAUCUUAUGGUGUAGUUCCAGUUCGCGACCACUGACGGUGGCAGCAUCUGUCGAUGGUGAUCAU